AUGGAGGGCUCAAAUAGCCAAAACUUAAAUAUGUACUUGAAUAGCAAUUAAAAUCAGACAUAAGAAUAAUAAAACCUUAAGCAGUAGUAACUUUCCCAUAAAAAGAAUGCAAGUAAGAGAUAAAAUUAUAUGCAAGAGGAAUCUCCUAACUAAGUAGUAGAGGGUCUAAAUGGCUUCAUUUCUGGCAUCGAUUUUGAAGAUAUAGUUAAAGGUCUUAGCAAUGAUGAUAUGCUUACAUCGAAGGAUUAUUUAAAGGAAAUGCAGAGAAUGUUUGGAAACUAAAGUUUGUUUGGUUUAAAAGGCGAUGUAUCCAAAAUUAACUAAUAAAGAGCUGAGCUUAUCAAUCUUGAAAGUCCUAAUGAUGAGAAAUCUAAUCAACAGCAUCAAAGGGAUUCUAAGCAUAGACAAGAAUAUGAGGAUUAUAAGAGACCAGAAGACUCAUAAAUUACUUAAUUUGAUGCAGUAGACUCAAGCAAAAAAUCUACUUCUCCACCAUCAAAUUCCAAUAGAUCCUCACUAAGGACUGGUAAAGACAGAGAAUCUUAACUGCAAAACAUCAUAAAUUCUAACAUUAAAUAGUAAUAGUUUAUUUAGCAACUUCAAACUACUUUAGCAUUAAAUUAGAAAGUUGAUACCACCCUACUUGGCCAAUUACAACUUCUUGUUUAGUAAUAAAAUGAUACACUUUAGACUUUCAAUAAAACACUUUAAAAUUUGCUUCAUGAAAACGAUAUCUAUCAUAAGCAAGAAAAUGAGUAAAGUUUUUAAAAAUUAAAAGUCAAGGCGGAAAUAGAAAAUGAUCCUUUAUUAAAAUAAGACAUUUUAACUCACUUUGGAUCAACUUAGAAAUUCUUACAAUCAAUCAAAUUCGAUUAAGUUUAAAUUAUUGAGUAUAUAAGGGUUAAAAUACAGAAAUCAAGUAAUCUGCAAGUCUAGAACUAAAAGAAUAUUCGAAAUGAGGAGUCUGAUAAUAAAAAUAUCUUAUUGAGAAGAAAAGGAAGUGAUCCCAAAUUCGAUAAUGAAGAGUACCUCAAAAUGAUAGAGGAAAAGUAUAUGCAUCAGCUAGAGUAAUCCCUAAUGCAAGAUAGUAUAAUGACUCCAUCAUCAAUAGAUUUGAAUUCUGUCAGACAAUCAAAUGACGUAACUGCAAAUAAUUUUAUCUAAAAUUAGACUAAAAAUUAAAAUCAAAGACCAUCAAAUAAAUCAAUCAUGGAGGAGUAGAAAAAGAAAAAAAGAAUCCAUUCCGAGGAUAAAUUUGAUAAGAAGGAAUUCUAAGAGAGAAUGGAAACUUAAUUCUUAAAUAUGAUAAAGAAGUAGUUCCCAGUUGAUGACAGUGACGAUGAUACUAUCAAAUAAAAUGAGCUUAAUUCUCCCUAAGUUAUUGAUGAAACACUAGUACUAAAACAAGCUAUAGAGAAGAUGUAAAUUCCAAGUAUAUUACUAACUAAUUAAGUCAUGAACAACAAUAAAAGUUAAGGUGCAGCAACUAAUAAAAACAUUCAGAAUUCAGAAUAGAAAAAUUUAAGAAGUAAGCAUUUGCAAAUAGACAUGCCAGAUGAUAUGGCAAACAUGCUGAGUGAUUCUAAAGAUAUGCUGGAGGACCCUUAGAACUCAAAUAUAAACUUCUUUGAAUUAGACAAUGUAGACUCAGAUGGACUUGAAGCAAUUAAAUCUUAUAGAGAGGAAUAGAAACUCCUGCAUUUGUCAAGCAACAAAGAUAAAAAGAAAAAGGCAAACAUGGGUAAUGCAGCAAAUUCUAUGGGAGGUAUUAAUGGUCUAAGUCCUGAUAUGUUUAAGAACACUGACAAAAAUACCACACUAGAUAAUUGGAAAUAAGAAGUCAAGAAAGUAUUUUAAAAGAAAAAACCUACAAAUAAUUCAAAAUCCCCAUCCAUUAUAACUGUGCAGUCUAAUAUGUCUCCCUAGUUUAAGCAAUCAAAGAGUCCAACAAGUACUGUUACAUAAAGAAAUCCAAGAUUGGAUAUUUUUGGCAAUCAAAAUUUAUCAAUGAAAGAUAAAAUAAGCAAAUCAACAGCCUAGGGCAUAUAAGGAGAGGCAACUUAAUCUACUUCUUAGUAUGGUUAAAUUACAUCCUUCUUGUCAUAUAACUAAAAUCCUAACGGAAAACCUAAAACUUCAAGAUCCCCAAAUAACCAAACAAAAUCCAAACUUAAUACGAAAUCAAAGGAGGAAAGUAAAAGAUCCAUUAAUCCCCAAGUUUCAGAAGUUGCUAAACUAAUGAUAAAUCCAAUCAAUUCCUCUAGAAAUUAAAAAUCUGGACAACUUUAGAAACUAAUGAGCUAUCAACAGUAAAAUCAUUCCUAAUCUGAUCUUAAUUUCCCUAGAUAAAUUAACAAUGAUCUUAUUAUUGUGAACAAUAGCGUUAAAGACCAAUUAUCGGGCACUGUGACCAAUACUAAUAUUAAUUAUUUGAUCGAAAAUCGUAGCUAGGAUAAUUAUGGGGGUAGCUACAGUCAUAUCCAAAGUGCCAGCAAAAUUUAAUCAGCUGGAACUAUUAGUAGUAGUAACAACCGUAAUUAAGUAGGAAAAAGCCGCAAUUAAAUCAAUAGUAAGUCUCCCUCACUUAGAUGA